AUGUCUAGCUCUACACAAAGCAAGACACCCAUCCACAGAGACCCAUCCACGCGACUGUAUGUCAUCGUCGUCGGGGCUGGCCUCGGAGGCAUCGGCGCUGCCAUCUCCCUGCUCCUCGCCGGGCACAGUGUCAGGAUCCUAGAGGCUUCGUCGGAGAUCGGGGAAGUCGGUGCGGGCAUCCAGAUCCUGCCCAACUCUUCACGGGUGCUGCAAUCAUGGGGCCUCCGGGAACGACUGGAGGAGUACGCCACCAAGCCGUCGCGAGUCAACAUGCGCGGGUGGAAGGGGAAUCUGAUCUCGUACCUCGACACUGAAGAGUCAGCGGCAAAGUAUCCCGGCACAUUCUACUGGGACUUUCACCGGGCGAAUCUGCAUCGCGUACUCCUGGAGCGCGCAGUCGAAUUAGGCGCCGAGAUCACAACGCAGGCCCGGGUGGUGGACGUGCGGAUUCCCGGCGGCGACAGCGCCCAGACUGCAACGGUGGUGUGCCAAUCCGGCAACGAGUAUGUGGCCGACCUCGUGGUCGGGGCCGACGGGAUCAAUUCGCGGCUGAGGGAAAUCCUCGUGGGACGAGCAGACCCGCCCAUCCCGACAGGCGAUCUGGCGUACCGGCUACUGCUGUCCACGGCGGACAUGCUGAAGGACCCCGAACUGGCCUCGUUCGUGCAGGAGCCGCAGGUGAAUUACUGGCUCGGCCCCGACGCCCAUGCGGUCAACUAUGUGCUUCGUGGUGGGGAGCUAUUCAACAUGGUCCUGCUGGUGCCGGACGACAUGCCCCCGGGGAGCGCCAACACGCUGGCAGGCGAUGUGGAAGAAAUGCGCGCGCUGUACAAAGACUGGGAUCCGCGGAUACCGAAGCUACUGGCGCUGUGCGAGUCGGUAUAUAAAUGGCGGUUGCAGAUUCGCGUGGGCAUGGAUUGCUGGAGCCAUCCUUCGGGAACGCUGACCAUGCUCGGCGACGCAGUACACGCCACGCUGCCGUAUCUGGCCUCGGGCGCGGGCAUGUGUCUCGAAGACGCUGCCGUGCUGGGCGAGUUGUUUUCCCGGGCGCCAGACCCCAAGAAUCCAGAAGUCAAGAAACAGCUUCUAGACCUAUACGAGAGAUGUCGAAAGGACAGGACCGAGAUGAUAGUCAAACGUGGCAAUCUCCAACAAUACCUCUAUCAUUUGCACGACGGACCCGAGCAACAAGAGCGGGAUCGAAAAAUGGCCGCGAAGGAGCCCGGCGAGGCGUUGGCCUGGAGAGAUUCUGAGCUUGCGCCGGUGCUGCUGGGAUAUCAAGUCGAGAAAGACGUCGACCGAUACUGGCCUCCUCCAUGUCUUCAGGACCGGGCCGGUGGCUCCGCAUCGUCAGCUGUAGCCUCUAGGUUAUGA